AUGUGGUCAUCGGCAGCCUCCCUCCUUUUUCUGUCCUCUCUAGCAUUUGACGUCCUUGCUCAGACAUAUAACCUUGACACCAGUUAUGUCGGCCAGGAUUUCUUAAACGACUUCACCUUUGAGGCUAUCACUGACCCGACGGGGGGCAGAGUCACAUACGUGGACCAGGCUACUGCGCUUGCGGACAAUCUGACCUAUGUAUCCAGAGAUACUCUGAUCAUGCGUUGCGAUGAUACCACGGUCCUAACUUCCAGUGACCCUGGGAGAAACAGCGUCCGGAUCAAGAGUUCCGCGUCGUACACCACCCACGUUGUGGUGUUCGAUAUAAGGCACAUGCCGGAGGGAUGUGGCACUUGGCCAGCCGCUUGGGAAACUAAUGAUGAGGACUGGCCAACGGACGGCGAAGUAGACAUUUGA